AUGUUUUUGAAUGGAGAAAUGAAUAGAAGCCAAAGAAAUGCCAUUCGCCGGCUUAGGAGUUUGGCAGUUAUACUUGAAGACACACAUAUUGAGAAAGAACGUAGCAUUCCAUUAAUAUCAAAAACAACAUCAUCCCAAAAACAAAUUCGUAGAAGAGAUUCAUCAGAACGUAAUAUUGCAACUAGAUUAGACUCGUUCAAAUUGUCUAUGGGAGGGAAACCUCAUCUGCAUUCUGCGGAUCUUUUUGAGAAUUUCAGCCCUGUACAAUUAGAAAGACAAAGAUGGGUACCAACAUUGCCAUAUUCUUUAUCUUCAAACUGCAUAAAAAUAAGAGAGAUAGAGAUCCCAAACUUGAUUCAAAAGGACGAGGAGAAGCUGAAAGAGUUAUUGCCAAACACUUUUGGUAGACCAUGUAUAGAAAUAAUUAGAGAUGAGUCGAAGGACACUGAAAAUUCGGACCAUGCACUUAGAGUUGGAAUUGUAUUAUCUGGUGGACCUGCACCAGGUGGGCAUAAUGUAAUUUGCGGUGUUUAUGACUUUAUAAAAAAUCAUCAUCCUGAUAGUCAACUUUUCGGAUUUUUAGGUGGUUUAGAUGGACUUUUCAAGUCAACAUACAAAGUUAUUUCAGAUGAAUUAAUGGAUCGUUUUAGAAACCAAGGGGGGUUCGAUAUGCUCUGGUCAGGUAGAGGGAGAAUCAAUGGACAACAUGAUUUGGAAAAAGUUGAAAGGGUUUGCGAGCAGCUCCAAUUACACGGAUUAAUCGUUAUUGGAGGUGACGGUUCAAACUCAAAUGCUGCAUUAAUAGCGGAUUAUAUGGCAAAGAAAAGCAAAAAUUUGUGUGUUGUGGGCGUUCCAAAAACGAUUGACGGUGAUUUAAAAAAUCCUGCUAUUGAAGUUUCCUUUGGAUUUGAUACUGCUGCUAGGACUUACGCUGAAUGCGUAGGCAAUCUUUGCUCAGAUAUUUGCACAUCUCAAAAUGUUUAUCAUUUUGUGAGAGUUAUGGGGAGAUCAGCAUCUCAUUUGGCUCUAGAAGUUGCAUUGCAAACCAGGCCAAAUAUUGUAUUUAUUGCGGAAGAAGUUGAGCAAGAGGGAAUAACUUUAUUUGAAAUAGUAAAGAAUAUUGUAGAUUUAAUGGAGGAACGUUCAAAAAUGGGCAAAAUGUAUGGUAUUAUAUUAAUACCUGAAGGGUUAAUUGAGUUUAUUCCAGAAAUGAAAAUUUUAAUUCAAGAAUUGAAUGAAAUUCUUGACAAAUUGAAAUAUGAGGGAUCUGAGAGUGAUCAUGAUAUUUCACCCGAGGAUUUUGAUAAAAAGAUAUGUAGUUAUCUAUCAAAAUCUUCUGCUAAAAUCUGGGAGUAUCUUCCGGAAAAUAUUAGAGAGCAAUUAUUAAUCGACAGAGAGGCUACUGGACAGAUACAAGUUGCAAAAAUAGCAACUGAGAGAUUACUUAUACUUCUUGUUGAGGCAGAGUUACAUAGGAGGCAUGGAACAUCUUUUUAUUAUGAUUUCGAGCAUGGCCAAACUAAAGAAACAAUCUCAAAUCAGGUAGAAAUCUCAAACAAAUCAAAUGGUUCGAUACUGAUGCCUUUUGGGUUUACAAUGAUGCAUCAUUAUUUGGGUUAUGAGGGAAGAUGUGCUAUGCCGUCAAAUUUCGAUUCAAAUUAUUGUUAUGCAUUAGGCCAUUGUGCGGGAGCACUAGUUUAUAAAGGCAUGAAUGGAUACUUAGCAGUUAUAAGAGGGUUGGAAGGAAACCCACUCAACUGGCAGGCAUGCGGUAUAAGCAUUACAAAAAUUAUGGAAGUCAAAAGGUCAAGGCAAGACAACCAAUAUUAUGCUGCAGUUACACGCCAGUUGGUCGAUUUGAAUGGGUCGCUUUUCAGAUUAUUAAAACAAGUUCGAGACAUUUGGAAAUUUCAAGACUUAUAUCGAGCGCCUGGCCCUUUACAAUUUGAAGGCCCGUGUUCUGAAGCAAUUCCUUAUAUUGUAAGAACGCCGGCACUACAAGAUCUAUUGUGCGGAGAAGACGGUAUUUCAAUCACCGACAUUGAUCUAAAUAUUAUUCAGUCAAAUAAUGGAGGAAAAAGAGGGGUAUUUAAUAGAAUACAGGGAACAUUGUCACCUCUACAACUUUAUCGCACAACAUAUAGGCCUCCAUUACCACUAUUGCUUACCCACCUUAAGGCAAGAUGUAAGCCGACUACUCAAUACAAUUUAUCUGACCCUUUGAUAAAAAGACAGAUUACGACAUGUUAUCCUCAUUUAUGUAAUUCAAAUCACUUUUAUUGCCAAGAAGCACAACUCGACAUUUCAUCUGAAGAACCCAAUGUUGGAUUAAGAAUAGGAGUACUACUUAUGUCUAGGCAAGCACCUGGGAUAGCAAAUGUUGUUUGGGGAUUAUACCAUCGUCUAAAGAUGGUAAGAGGGAGAUGUUUGGGUUUUUAUGGUGUUAAAGGGUUUCUGCAAGGAAAACACAUUACUCUUACUGAAAAAGAUGUGGACCUUUUGCCAAACCAAGGAGGAUCUGAAUUAAUUGGAAGAACAUAUACCGAGUGUUUAGUUUCAAAAGAUAAUUUAGAAAAAGCUAGAAAUGUUUGCGAAAGUUUACAUUUAGAUGGCUUAGUGCUCUGCGGUUCUGCAUUCGGGAUGACCCAGGGUGCAAUUUUGGCUGAGUAUUUUCUCCAAAAUAACUGUAAUACUAAAGUUGUUGGCGUCCCAGCGACCGCAUCUAACAACUUAGCGAAUGAUCUAGUAGAGGCGUGCGUAGGGUUUGAUUCAAGCACUAAAUUAUAUGCAAGCUUGAUUGGAAAUGUAUUAACGGACGCUGCUUCAAUGCCUAAAUAUUGGCAUUUUAUUAGAUUAAUGGGAAGACAACCUUCCAAUGAAGUUCUAGAAUGCGCACUACAAACGCACCCUAAUGUAGUAAUAAUUGCUGAAGAAUACGGCGCAGCGGACAAAACUCUAGUGCACAUUGUAGAGGACGUAGCAGAUGUUAUAUGCAAGAGAGCAGAAUUUGGAAAAAAUUUCGGAACAGUAUUAAUUCCAGAUGCAUUACUUUCCCAUUUGCCGGAUAUGAAAAUUCUUAUCUCUGAGAUAAAUGAAUUAAGAAGGUUUGCUGAGGAGCACUCCGAGAUGAAAUUAUUCAUGUCCGAAAUGAUGAGCUUGGGACACAGCGAGCACCCUACAACACUUUCUGAACAUACAAGUAUUCAAGAAAAAAAUUCUCGUGGUGAAGAGCUUGAUAAUAGAAAUUUUGUUGCAAAUCAGGAACUCAGUAACACAGAUAGCUCCGAAGAGAAUAAAUACUCUUCUAAAAUGACUCCUUGGAGUCUUGCAUUAUUUAAAUCACUACCUAGGUUUAUUAGAAGAGAAAUACUUUCAUUAGAUGUUGACUCAGCCUUUUCUGCAAUAGAGACUGAAGCCCUUCUUGUUCUAAUGAUCAAGAAGGAGCUUAAGAAAAGGAAGCAAGAUAAUAGAUAUAACGGCAAUUUCCAACCGUUUACACACUUUUUUGGAUAUCAAGGGAGAUCUGCAAUGCCAUCACAGUUUGAUGCGAAACUUGGAUAUGCAUUGGGCCACUUUGCAUCAAUUGUUGUUGAGAGCGGAUUAACUGGACAUCUUUGUUCUAUCAGGGGACUUUGCGGAGAAGUUUCCGAUUGGAGAAUGACAGCAAUUCCAUUUAAUUGUUUAAUGAAAAUUGUUCCUUCAAAUGAUGAAACCCAUCCUGAGCUGCCAAGCAAUAUUCCCACAAUUCCCUCUAGUGAGGUGGAUUUGAAAGGUAAAGCAUAUCGUUGGUUAAAAAUUGUUCAGGAACAUUGGGCAAUGCAAGACCGUUUUUGCAACCCUGGGCCCAUUCAAUUUGAUGGAGCCGCUGCAAACUUUUAUUUUAGGACGCUUCAUGAGCAACAGUCCGAAUACUAUGAAAUGCUUAAGCAUGUGCAGAAUUACGCAGAGCUCGUUAGGGAAACAUGUACAUUUGGUGUGAACGAAUCAUUUUUGAAAACAGCUUUUGUGACUCUAAAUGGACUACUUAAUCUGCGCUAUCGCGAUGGAAGCCUACUCUCGUCACUUCCAGAUAUUGGCCCAAUUAUAUUGCAAAUGAAAUCGCAUUCAGGCUUAUCAAGCAACCCAACUGUUCAAAGCGAAGUCAUAGAGACAAUCAACGGCGACGUUUCAAGUAGAAUAACAAAUAAUCCUCAUUCAUCAAAAUACAUUUCACAGAAUAAUUUGCACAUGACGCAAUCUAUUUGCCCCGGAGUAGAAGAGGGACCGUGGAACAAAACUAAGUGA